AUGGUGUCGAAUCCGAAGCCCACGCGGCCUGUCCACGUUACCGACGCAGGUCGCGCCUCGAACGACCGCAACGUUGCACACUUGUACACACCUUAUAUAUUGGGUUACGGCGCGAGUCUAGGCGGCGCGGGCGGGAAGGGCGGCUGGACGCUGUACGAGUGCGUCGAUUGCGGGAACAAAUACAAACACAAGGGCUCGCUGCAGCGGCAUAUUAAGUACGAGUGUAGGAAACAGCCCAGUUUCAAGUGCCCCUAUUGCGUCUACCGCGCCUACCAGAAGCACAAUCUGCUGCUACACGAGCGCCAUCUGCACAAAGACUUACCCGAGAAAGUGGAUUUCGUCUCGGAAUGA